AUGGGUCAUAUUGACUCUGUACGUGCCCUGCUUGCGUGCCCAAAGAUUGACAUCAACGUCAAGGAUCUAAAUGGACGGACUGCCCUCAUAUAUGCCUGCUUAAAGGACCGCACAGCUAUCGCUUGUCUCUUGCUCCAACAUCCUGGCAUCAAGGUCAAUUCCCAAGACAACAAUGGACACACUGCACUGUUACUUGCUGCCACAAAGAACUCGCUACAGAUAUUCAAAGGCCUGCUACGCAUUCCUGGACUUGAUCCCGAUUUGAAGGACAGAAGUGGACUUGCAGCAUUAUCCAUCGCGGUACUUCGUGGCCACAACGACAUUGUGAAGGCACUUUUACCUAUAUCCAAUAUCAAGGUGGAUAUCUCAAGCCAUCAUAGUACCAUGAGCCUUGCGCGUGCUACUGCGGAAAGUCAUUUUUCAAUUGUGGAUAUCCUCUUGACAUCAGGCAACAUCAAUCCCAACAUAUACAUAACAGGAUCACAGCAUUUGUACGACUUGAUUCGCAAUCAACUGGGAUGUUCAGCAACAAAUCAUCUCUAUCACGCUGAAGGUAUGACACCGCUGAUUCUUGCUUCAUCUGCAGGUCAUACAGAGGUCGUCAAACGUCUUUUAACCAUACCUGGAAUUGACGUCAAUCUGGGAAAUUGUCCCAGUUUCAACACCGGUGACGAGCCAAUCAUGGAUUCCUUACUCACCGAGAUGGACCUAAAACAGACAUGUUUUGAUUGCAAUGGAAUGACCGCGCUUAUGUUUGCCGCUCGUCAUGGUCAUUUUCAUGUUAUAGAGUGCCUUUUGACAGUCCCAGGGAUUAACGUCAACGGUCAGGAUGGUUUUGGGUCCACGGCUCUCAUCUAUGCUUCAGCAAAUGGUUAUCACUCUGUAGUGGACAUCCUCCUAUGUUUUCCGGGUGUGGAUGUGAACAUGAAAACAAAAUCAAGCGACACAGCCCUUAUAUGGGCAUCUUAUAAUGGACAUCUCAAUGUCGUCAAGCGCUUGUUGGCUGUCCCGGAAAUCGACGUCAAUGCACAACAAUUCAGUGGAUCCACAGCUCUCAUAUGUGCUUCGUUGAGAGGUCAUUGCUCUAUUGUGGACACCCUCCUCGGUUUUCCGGGGGUGGAUGUAUGUAUGCAAACCAAUUCUGGCGACACGGCGCUUAUAUGGGCAUCUUAUAAUGGACAUCUCGAUGUCGUCAAGCGCCUGUUGGCUGUCCCGGAGAUCGACGUCAAUGCACAACAAAUCAAUGGAUCCACAGCUCUCAUAUGUGCUUUGAUGAGUGGUCAUUGCUCUAUUGUGGACACCCUCCUCGAUUUUCCGGGGGUGGAUGUACAUGUGCAAACCAAUUCUAGCGACACAGCGCUUACAUGGGCAUCUGCUAAUGGUCAUCUCGAUGUAGUGAAGCGCCUGUUGUCUGUCCCGGACAUCAACAUUAAUACACAACAAAUCAUUAGGUCCACGGCUCUUAUCUGUGCUUCAGCAAAUAACCAGUGCUCUAUUUUGGACACCAUCCUUCGUGUUCCGGAGGUAGACGUGAAUAUCCAAACCAAACAAGGGGACACAGCCCUUAUGUGGGCAGCUUGUAAUGGUCACACUGACGCUGUUAAACGUCUAUUGGCUGUCCCGGAAAUCAAAGUCAAUAGACAGCAAAACAAUGGAUUCACGGCGCUCAUAUACGCUUGUCAAAGGGGAUACUACUCUAUCGUAGACGCCAUCCUUUGUGUACCUGAGGUGGACAUAGACAUACGGACCAACGAUGGUGACACGGCGCUUAUAUGUGCAGCAUAUCGGGGACACCUCGACAUUGUUAAGCGUCUUUUGUCCAUCCCAGGUGUAAUGGUCAAUGCCCAAAACAAUAAUGGAGUGUCGGUUUUUAUAAGUGCACGAGAGGGGAACUGUGCCGUUGUGGAUGCCAUCCUCUGUCACCCAGAGGCGGAUGUUAAUGUUCAAGACAAAUAUGGCGCUACAGCGCUUAUUUGGGCGUCUCAAAAUGGAGACAUUGACGUAGUCAAACGCCUCUUGGCAGCCCCUGCAAUCGACAUCAAUUUGAAAAGCGUCGCUGGCUAUACAGCACUAUAUUGGGCGCGGAAAAAAGGACACCAGUUUGUUGUCGAUAUGCUCCACUCCCAUAACGAAAUAUCCAUCGUACUAUAG